CCUUUCGCGUAUUCAAUAAAUAUCCAUGCAGUUUACACUCUCCUGUCCUCUCAACGACACGUAGUUUUUUACGAUAAAUCAAGGGAAUAAAAUGUGAUUUUUUCCUCUCACGAAUUAGUGGUGAUUCAGUGAGAAUGAUCAGAGUGAAGAUUGUGUUUUCAUUUGCUGAUGUGGAUUAAUGGGAUAAGGAGAGUGUGGAGAAAUUGGUUGAUGACACAGCAAUGCGGUUGUCACUGGAAAUCUCAAUCAAUUGUUUUCUGUGGUAAUUAUUCAAUGGCAGUGGGGAGUGUUUGUGGAAAAGUUGAAAUGAUGGGGAUUCUUCGGGGUUCCAGGAAGUGAGACCGCUAUGAGGGGAGACACAUGGCGGCGUUGGGGAUUUAAUUGAGGGAUAUCUAUGGAAUGUCAUGGCCCGGAGGCGAUUAGUUGGUACAAAAAUGUCAAAGCGACUCAGCUUUUAUGGGCUAGUUGCACUGGCCUCCCUCUGUAUAUUCUUCAUAGUAUUCAACCAACGAUACACCAAUUAUAUCGAGCACCGUCUCCAACCGGUCAUAUCGGUAUUUUUAGCGCGUAAUAAUCUCACAUACAUGGAGAUGCAAGAGGUGAUAGAUCAGCAGCGAAGGAUGAUCGAGAGAGAUAUGGAGGACUACGUUUACCCGCGUGGAAAAUAUGGGAUAAACAUCAGCAAUUUGGAUGAGCUCACGAUGGAAAAAGGUGGAAGACCGAUGAGAAGUGUGAUAGUUGCCACGUGGAGAAGUGGUAGUACCUUCGUCGGUGACGUGAUUAAUGCUCAUCCAGCAAAUUUUUAUCAUUACGAGCCAAUGCUGGACUUUGGUAUCGUACAAGUCAGGGGACCCCCACUUGCCCAGGAGGCAAUUUAUAAUAUUUAUGCGUUAUUUGAUUGUGAAUACCAUAAACUUGAUAAUUAUUUGAAUUUCGGUAAAUCACAUCCAUGGGUGUUCAACCACAAUACUCAUUUAUGGAGACAGUGUCAAGGCCAUAAAAAAAUCUGCUGGAAUCCAGAGUUUGUGUCAAAGUUUUGUCGAUUGUUUCCAUUCCAGUCGAUGAAACUCGUCAGACUGCGUCUCAGUGUCGCUGAGGUUCUCCUCGAAGAUAAGAGCUUGGGAAUUCGACUGGUUUUACUGGUUCGAGAUCCAAGGGGUUUACUUCAGUCGAGAAAACACAGGGACUGGUGUCCGACAAGUCCAGAUUGCUCAGAGCCAGCUAGAGUUUGUGCUGAUAUGGUAUCAGACUUUGAAUCUGCUGUUAAAUUGACUCAGAAAUAUCCACGAAAUUUCAAAGUCAUCAGAUAUGAGGACUUGUCCCUAGAUCCAUUUGCUCAUGCCAAGGAACUCUACGAAUUCUACGGCCUAGAUUUUCACCCAAAUGUCCAACAUUUCCUCGAGACCCAUACGAAAAGUGACGUUGGUGGUGUUUCCAGUACGUUUCGUAAUUCAAAGGCAGCACCAUUUCACUGGCGAAAUGAUUUGGAUUUCGAGGAGGUCCAGGAGAUACAGAGUGUAUGCUCAAACGCAAUGAGACUGUGGGGCUACAAAUUUGCCUUGAACGAUACACAUCAGAAGGAAUUCAAUCCCCUGACGGAUUAUCAACUCAUAUUGUGAUUCUUUUCCCUCUAUGGGCUUCAGCUCUGCUCGAAUUAUUUCGAUAUCGAAGUUGAGUAAUCGAAUGAGUCAAGUUCAAUCGGCAAUUUUCGCCGGUUGAAUGAUUAUUAAGGAAAUGGGGCGUUUUGUGAACCGAAAAAUUUCAAGAGACGUUUUUUUAAGUAAAUCGGAUGUCUAUAGAAGAGGCCUUUCAAUGACUUGCUCGAGAUAAUUGGGAAAUCACGAGGAUAACGAGUUGGUGAAAAAAGGUUGAAAUACUAUUUUUAGUAGGAAAUUCCAUUUCCGGAAUAAUUUUUUUUUCAUUCCUUCCAAGAAGAGCACUUACUGAAAUUAUUGAAUGGUCAACAUGAUAAUAACAAAUAUCACAUUUUUGUGAUAAUUCAAUAAUCUUGGGAAUGAGCCAUUUUACAAAAAAUCUAAAAACUAUUUCUAUUGUUUGGUGAUAAUUUCUCAACGAUAUUCAUUACUGCAUUCAGCGAAAAACAGCAGAGUUCGCAAACAAGUCUUACUUGUGCCAAAAAAAUCGUUUGUUAUAAAUUAUAAAAAAUGGAUUUUAUUGCAAAAGUAGAUUCUUUAAAAAAAAAAAUUAUUCUCUGGGUAAGUAUUGGUAAUAUUUCGAAGACUGGCGUUCGUUGCACCUUCGUGAUUUAGUCAAAUUAAUUAUAUUAUUUUGGUUUUUUGGGGUUCACAUACCAGCUGCGUCCACGUCGCGAACCCUGGGUAACGCCAAACGCUGGUAUGGCUUGUUAUAAAAUUGCUAUACCAUGCGUUCUUGAAUUUAAUUGGAAAUUACGAAUUUAUAGUUUUGUUUUAAUACAAGUGUCUGAUAAUUCCUUUUCACACCAUUUAUUAUUGAGAUAAUUGACUAAUCAACAAGAAUUCACAAAAUGGAAAAUUUUCGUGAAUAGAGCAAUUUCUAGAAAAAUUAUCCAAAGGCCUUAAAUUCUCCCCAAAAAGCGUCUCAUGAAAAUGUAUCGUACCCCCUCAUUCGUUAUUUGAUAAAUUAUCCCUCUCAUUCCCGGGAUAAUUUAUCCAAUGACGAAACGACUAAAUCGACUCCAACAACUUUUACCACUUCUUUACUACUUCACACCUUUUCACCUAAUCCAUUUUCCUCAGAAGUCCAUAAUUAACUCAGCAGCUAGUACAAUGUAUUUCAUCUGCAGCCAUUCACCGGGUAAUUGUAAAUAGUCGAAUCGCUUUGAAUUGAGGGGCGUGGAGUCUUUUGGCUUCUGAUAUCAGCAAUGUGUUUUUGUGAGGUAAAAUGUACGCCCAAGUGCCUGGUCAGUCUGGACCUUUUUCUUAACAUCAUUCCACAGAAUAACGACAAGAACCACGAAACGUAGGAAUGCAAAAAUUGAGAAAAGAACUUAGUCAAUUUUUAUUUGGUUUAUUCACCGAAAAUUAUUUAUCACCGAUGUGAUGUCAGAUCGGUGCAUUUAAUACUCAAAUACGCCAGUGAAUGUGAUUAAUUCCCUUGGAUCUUAAUUUUUUUUUCAGAGUAAGGAAAGCAAAAAAUACAUAAUUAUGGUUUUCAAUUAUUUAAAAAAUGCAUUCACCAAAGAUUUCUACAAAUUUAGUUGGGAUUGUUAAUCAAUCAAUUCUUGAAGUACUUUACGUUGACGUCUGUUGGUAGCUGUCUCCCACCUGAAACAUCACAAUUUAAGAAAUAAAUGUAUUUAUGUUUUUAUCAACUGUA